GUUGUUUGAUUGUUUUGCGGAGCGCGAGGGAGAGGCGAGGCGGACGUACUGUUGCUGAACGGAAGAUAAUUUGAUCGCCUGCAACGCUAUCUGGAACAGAAGGGGACCCUCUUGUAUUGACCUCAUCUGCUUGAACCAAUCUUGACCUGAAGGAUGACGACCUUGGAUGACAAGAUACUGGGUCUGAAGACGCAGUACUAUGUUAGCAGUAGUGAGGACGAGGCAUCUGAUGACGAGUGUGCCAGCGAUAAGGAGGACAUGGACCAGACAGAACAGGCACCUGUGCAGGGGACAGCCCCAGGGUGCUGCCAGGACCCCAGCGCCUGGCAGGGCCAGGCCACUAACACGGGACCAAAGGGAGUUCUCGAGGACUGGCGUCGCUUCAAGCAGCUGGAGACGGAGCACCGGGCGGAGCAGCAGGCUGAGAAAGUCGCACUGGUGAAGAAACUGGCCUUCACCUGCAGAAGUGAGCUGAACGACACUGAGAAAACAGAGGGGCAAGAAGAAGAUGAUGUUGAGCUUGAUGAGGAUUCCCUACGAUGGUACAGAGGACAGAGACUACGGGAGAUGCAGCAAAAAUCUGCCAGUUUACCAACAUUUGGACAAGUUCUAGACCUGACUAGAAGCCAGUAUGUUGACACCAUUGAUAAAGAGAACAAACACGUCUUAAUCAUCAUCCACAUCUUUGAACCUUUUGUGCCAGGAUGUGACGCUGUCAAUGGCUGUUUCCAGUGCCUAGCUCAGGACCAUCCUCGGGUGAAGUUCUGUCGGAUACAGUCCUCCGAGGCAGAAGUCAGUCAGACAUUUACGUCCAAAGGCCUGCCAGCAAUCUUGGCAUACCGAGGGGGCCAGCUCGUCGCUAACUUCCUGCGAAUCACAGACCAGCUAGGGGAAGACUUCUUCGCUGGUGAUCUGGAGUCCUUCUUAGUGGAACAUGGCCUGCUGCAGUCUAAAGCAGAUGUGCCGACCGUCCUUCAGCAGUCUGACAGCCAGGAUGAUGACAGUGACUUUGAUGUGGACUGAUCAGGUUUCCAGACGAACACAAUGUUUCCAGACAACACAGUGUUUGGCCAGAUGUAAACUUUGUUCUCAUGUACCAAUUUUACAUGUCAGAAGCCCCACGUGCACUUGUUAAAAAUGUUAAACCUGAUUAAUUGUGAUUGUGCCUAGUUUCUGUCAGGCAAGUAUUUAAAAAAGUGUACAAGAUUGUGUACACUUUUCAUGUGGCAUUAUUCAGGACCUGUGGAUAUUGUCCUAGUCAUACUCUAUUUUAGUUAUUGUGUCGUUUCAUGUCAUGUUAGUUUUUGUUACAGUCUUUUAAUAAUGUCCUACAUGCUAGAGUAUUUCCCACAGCUUGUAGAUAGAGUCUGGCAUUUUGAUGUUCAAAAGUACAUGUAACAGUUAUGUAAUGUUAUAAAAUGUUAAAACAAAUUGUUGUGCAGUAUUAUACAAACCUGUUCUGUAUCACACAGUAAGAUCUAAUACUUACAAUAUUGCAUGUAGAAGUAAGUUGCAAAGUGAACUGGUUUCACCAUGAGAUUUUGUUGUUCUUCAUUGUGUUGACCUGAUGCAGUACUGUAGACUCUGUGGGCUUGACAUUGUAUAAGAUUUGUAAACUCAGAUUUGUGAU